AUGCACGAGAGCUGUUUAUAUCUCACCAUCCUCGCCAUCUUCACCGUAUCUCUCGCCGCCGGCGAGAGAUUCAAAGAGGCACCAGAGUUCUUCAACUCACCAGCCUGUCUCACCAUCGAAAACGACGUCGACUACGCCUGUUCGGACAAAGCAGUCCACGUGGCAAUGACCUUAGACGCGGCUUACCUCCGUGGCUCAAUGGCCGUGAUUCUCUCCGUCCUCCAACACUCCUCGUGCCCUGAAAACAUCGUUUUCCACUUCGUCACCUCUAAACAAAACCACCGACUCCAAAACCACGUCAUCUCUUCUUUCCCCUACUUGAAAUUCCGCAUUUACCCUUACGACGUAGCAGCCAUCUCCGGUCUCAUCUCCACCUCCAUCCGCUCAGCGCUCGACUCUCCGCUAAACUACGCAAGAAACUACCUAGCAGAGAUCCUCCCCACGUGCCUCUCACGUGUCGUCUACCUAGACUCAGAUCUCAUCCUCGUCGACGACAUCACCAAGCUCUUCACCACUCACAUCCCGGACGACGUCGUCUUAGCCGCGCCUGAGUACUGCAACGCCAACUUCACCACUUACUUCACACCGACUUUCUGGUCAAACCCUUCUCUCUCCAUCACACUCUCCCUCAACCGCCAACGUCCUCCGUGCUACUUCAACACAGGAGUGAUGGUCAUCGAGCUGAAGAAAUGGAGAGAAGGAGAUUACACGAGGAAGAUCAUAGAGUGGAUGGAGUUACAGAAACGUAUCAGAAUCUACGAGCUAGGUUCUCUGCCACCGUUCUUGCUAGUGUUCGCCGGGAACAUAGCUCCGGUAGAUCACAGGUGGAACCAACACGGUUUAGGAGGUGACAACUUCAGAGGACUGUGCAGAGAUUUGCAUCCUGGUCCAGUGAGUUUGUUGCAUUGGAGUGGCAAAGGGAAGCCUUGGGUGAGGUUAGACGGUGGUCGACCUUGCCCGCUCGAUGCUCUUUGGGUCCCGUAUGAUUUGUUAGAGCCACGUUUUGACCUCAUCGAGAGUUAA